GCUAACACGGGGAAAAAGACCGGGGAUACUACCUUUAUCAAUUUUUAAAUACCGUUAUAUGUAACAAACAUUUUAUUAUCCUUAUUGCACGUUAAAAUAUUUUUCUAAAUAUAUUUUUCAAAUCUAAUGUUUACUUGCUACUCGUGAACUUGAAUAUAUUGGUAUACAUUACGGGAAUUUUAAUUGAUAUAUAGGCAGCUCUUGCUGUAUACGAUGUGAAUAAUAAAGUGCUCCUCAUACAUGCAGUUCAAGACUAAAUGCCAAGCGAACGCAUCGGAUGUUGUACACAGUAGAACUACAAUUCCCAUGGUUCAUUACAACUGCAGUUCAAAGGUCAAGGAAUAGGGAAGUUGACGGUUAACCUGCUAUGAGUUAUCAAUGGUAGGAUUAAUCGUUUCUCCAAAAAAAAAAAAACUGUAUUUGUUCAAAUUGUGUUUUAAUUGCUUUUUGAUCGGAUUAUUAGUCUUCUGACAGUUAAAUGUGAAUUAACUACGCGGGCAGCGAAAUUUCAUUCAUUCUCCAGUGAGUAUUGUUACCAGUGACAAGCUACUGUCUGGAGUUAGCAGACCGCUUAAGUUUGAAAGGAGGCACCGCACAUCUCUGAACAGGAACUGUCGCUGCCAUGAACGUGAGAGCAUUUUUCAUUCUGGGGCUCGUUGUCCACGUCGUAUUCUUCAUCUCUAUAUUUGAUAUAUACUUUACAUCUCCUCUGGUCCAUGGGAUGACCCCGCAACACGUUCCCCUUCCUGCUCCUGCCAAGCGCCUUGUGCUGUUUGUGGCGGACGGUCUGAAAGCAGACACCCUGUUUAAGACCGAUGACACCAAAAUAGACAAGGCACCUUUUAUACGAAGCAUAAUGGAGGAGAGCGGGAGCUGGGGUGUGUCCCACACCAGGGUCCCCACAGAGUCACGCCCGGGUCACGUGGCGUUGAUUGCGGGGUUUUACGAAGAUGUUAGCGCAGUCGCUAAAGGCUGGAAAGAGAACCCCGUAGAGUUUGACUCUGUGUUUAAUGAAAGCCGGCACACGUGGUGCUGGGGAAGCCCUGACAUCUUGCCCAUGUUUGCAAAAGGUGCUAGUGGGGACCAUGUCUACACGCACACAUAUUCUGCUGAGAUGGAGGACUUUGCGUCCACAGAUGCCUCAAAACUGGACACGUGGGUAUUUGAUGAAGUGAAGGCAUUUUUCAGCUCUGCAAAAGCGAACGACACCUUGCUGUCUCAGUUACGGGAGGAACGUAAUGUCUUCUUUUUGCAUUUGCUUGGAAUAGACACGAACGGUCAUGCCCAUCGGCCGAUGUCCAGAGAAUAUGCAGAAAAUAUCGAAAUUGUCGACGCCGGCGUGGCAGAGAUCGUUUCUGUGAUGGAAGACUUCUUUGAAAAUGAUAAAGGCACAUCUUAUAUUUUUACCUCUGACCAUGGAAUGACAAACUGGGGUUCUCAUGGAGCUGGACACCCGUCUGAGACUCUCACCCCCUUGGUGGCCUGGGGGGCGGGGAUUCGUACAGCUGAGAGGACAACCACUCAGCACUUUAAUGACCACUACCUGCAAGAGUGGAGACUUGAAUACUUAAGGAGGAUAGAUGUUAACCAGGCAGACAUUGCUCCGUUGAUGUCUUCCCUAAUUGGAGUGCCUAUUCCUUUAAAUUCUGUGGGUGUUUUGCCGUUGGGUUACUUGGAUAACAGUGGACUUUUUAAAGCAGAGAGCAUGUAUGCAAAUUCCAUUCAGAUUAUGGAGCAGUUCAAGGUUAAGAUGGCCCAGAAAAAGGAAACUACAUUAUCCAUUCUUUUCACUCCAUACCAGCGGUUGACUGAGUCCAAGCAGCUGGAUUUUGUGCGAAAUGUGAGGUCCCUGAUCCAGGAAAGAAAAUACGAUGACGCUAUCGCUCUGUCCAAGGAGAUGAUCUCCCAAGCUCUGGAGGGGCUAGCGUACUACCACACCUACGACCGGGUCUUCCUGGGCAGCAGUGUGGUGUUUGGCUUUGUGGGCUGGACCUCCUACGUCGUCCUGGUCAUCCUGAAGACCCACGCCGCCUUGCGAAGGCCUCGCCCCCUGAGCGCCCCGGUGUCUUGCAGUGUGGUUUGGAAGACAUUUGCCUGUCUAGCCCUCGGGAUUUCCAUGUUCCUGCUCAUCCAAGCCAGUCCUUGGACUUACUACAUCUAUUGCCUGCUUCCAGUGUACGUCUGGUACUCAGUGUUCAAAGAGUUCAGGACGCUCGCUGACCUGAUGAGCUCUGAUCCAGGUUUCAACAGGCAUGAGGCCUUCUUCCCCCCAGCACUGUCCUCACUAAUGUUGGUGUGGAUUAACAUGGAGCAGGAGGCCUUACGUGCACAGGGUGCCUCCCCAAAGCUGGAACUCUCCAGCAUUGACUUCUCUGCCGAUAUUGAUAUAACCAAGAUCCGGCAACUGAAGCUUGAUGACAUCAGAAGAUCAUACUUUUUUGUAUUUUUCAUUAUAACAGCAUUUUUUGGAACGGGGAACAUAGCCUCUAUUAACAGUUUUGAUCCAGCAUCUGUGUACUGCUUUGUGACCGUAUUCAACCCCUUCGUCAUGGGAGCCUUAAUGAUGUGGAAGGUGUUGAUACCGUUCGUCAUUGUCAUGUGUACAUUUGAGACAAUCCAGGUCUCAACACAGCUCUCCUCUAGAAGCCUGUUCCUAAUCGUACUAGUUAUCUCCGACUUGAUGGCUUUGCACUUCUUCUUUUUGGUUAAAGAUUACGGGAGCUGGCUGGACAUCGGCACCAGCAUUAGCCAUUACGUCAUUGUGAUGUCCAUGACCAUCUUCCUGAUGCUGCUGAACAUUUUCUCGCGUGUCUUUACCUCCAAAAGAAUCCACGUGGGCUGGGGGGUGAAAAUGCACUCCACGUGAAGCUCUCCGAGGAAAUUCGUGCAAGUGUUAGAAAUGGAACUGUAGCUGCAUAAGGGUGCUGUGCAUUCAUUACUGUGUAUUGGGUUUACUGAGAUGCUUAUUUCGGUUGCGUAAUUGUAAAUUAUAAGUUAUAAAUUUUUUUCUGGUUAAUUUAGUACUAUAGGAAACAGGAAGCAAUUUCUGUGUAACUUAGCCUUUAAAUUUUAAGUUUAUACCUCAUCAAAAAACAUGAAUAAGUAUAAAGAUCAUGAUUUUAUAUGUUACAAGUUAAGUUGGUACAUUUACUGCCAGUGUCACAAAGUGGAAUCCAAAGUGUUUACUUUUAAACAGAUUUCACGUAAGUAUUGUGUCUGUAAUGUGGACAAUAGUCCACAGAGCAUAUUUUAAAUUGUAUUCAGGAAAAAAAUGUUAUUCCUACCAUGUUAGGUACAAAACAUGCUCUCACUCUUUACAUUUUUAUGGCAACUGCUCGACUAAACACAAAAUUCAAUCUUAAGUAGGCCUAAUAACUUUGAUAAAUGUUAUAUAGAUAUAGAUGCUGCAGUGAAUGUAUUUGUUAAUGAAUAAAUUAAUUUAAAGAAGAAAAAAAAUACAAAAGACGACGCUGAGGCAGGAAAGGCAUAUUUAAAUUAUGUGCGUGUUAUUUUUUUUCCUUGUCUCAUGUUGUCUUUGUCCAAAACUUAUAGCAGGUAGUAUGAACCUCACAAAAUGAGUCUUUCAGUUUCAUAUGAAAGCCCAAGAUCUGUCGCGGUUUCCGUACGUGUGAUGGGGAAAUUUCCACUGAGUGGUAGUUGCUCUCUUCUUACCGCAAGCAAUCUGCAAUCAGAUAGUGCAGCAGUGGAUUUUGCUCUGUGCAGUCGGAGGAGAAGGUAGGUUGUGUCAGUUCUCCAUUUAUGAAUUUAUAAUGAUGUAACGACGGCAUUAAUUAAGCAUACAAAUAUGAGUGGUUUUGCUUGAUUAAUUGAAAACAGAGAAAGUUCUUAAAGACAGCACAUUCUAGAAAAGGGAAACACAAUUUUCAUUUUGUCAUGCAUGCUAAUAUAUUAUCAACAUACAUUAUUGGAAAAUAUUGCGAAAUAGCCUGUCAGACUUGCCUCACCAACCCUUGGAUGUCAAAGUGCAUUUUCUUGAAAAUGGUACAGUAGAAGUUGACCAAAUUUUAUCUGAAAAUAUAUUGGCUCAGAAUGUAUAAAACUUGUUCAAAAUAAUGGAUUUCAAAAUGCCUUGGAAAUGGUAUAGUAAACGUUGAACACAUUUUGUCUGGAAAUAACCUUGGACAUUGCCUUUCAGAUGCUAUAUGACGUGUUUAUACAUUAUGGGAAAGUAAGAAAUUAAUUGUAUUUAAGUUAUCCAAGGUCUCCAAGAAGGUCGGAUACUCUUAACUGGUGUUCAGUGUACUGUAUACGCAGAGACAACUGUCAGAGCCCAUCCCCCGACUCAGAGUCAAAGGGAGGUGAACCCUGUCGUUCACCGUGGUGAACUCCAACUCACUGGCACUGAACUGGGGGACUGUAAGUAGACCCACCUCUGCCUGGCGCCUCUCACCAUGGGCAACUCCAGGGUGGAAUAGAGUAUAGCCCCUCUCCAAGAUUUUAGUUCCAGAGCCCGAGUCAGUAUCUCUGUACCUCCUGCACGAGUUCAGGCAGAUACUAAAUUUCACUUAGUAUGGUUGGUCACCUGAGACCAAUUUGCCUUGGGAGACCCUAACAGGGGCGAUUGCCCCUGAAAACAUAGCUCCUAGGAUCAUAGGGGCACACAAACCCCUCCACCACGAUAACGUGGUGAUUCAUGGAGGAUUAUAUUAAAAUUAUAUAAUGAGCAUGGCUGAACACAAAUUCUAUGCAAAUAUACAUCAAAUGAAGCACCGAAUUUUACUGUUUGUGUAUUGCAAUUGUGUUCUCCGUCACACCCUACCGAUCUGCCCUUCCUAUUUCUCCCUAGUGUGGCUCUGACGGGCCACACUUGUUGUGUAUCAGUCUUACCUCUCGUUCCUACCUUUGUGUAAUGCACUCCUGCUGCCUCUUGUUUUACUCCCCUGCUAGUCUUUGUAUAAUGGUGCCUCCCAGUCCUGUAUUCCCCAGUCUUGACAUUGAUGUUAUUAGUCCUGCUAGUCUUGUUGUUGAUCCCAGUAUUGAGCUCCCCUGCGACUCCUAUGUUUUCCUGCCAUUGUGAGUGGAAUAAACACAUCUUGAUUUGCCCUGA